AUGAUAAGAGGCGAUGCUGAGAAAGAACUGCUGAAGAUUGCUGAAAGUAAGACAGAUGGUUGGGAGAAUGCUACUGUCUUCAUAGGCAAUCAGCCAGGAGGAUACCGGACAUUCCUGUCGGAUCGGACUGGCUCUCGUGUGAUUUUGAACAGGACACCUGUUCGUGGUACUACGACAUUUGGUGAUGGUCCAGGAUAUGACCACACAAAUGGAAAAGGUUAUUACAUGUUCACAGCUGCCGAAAACAACCUUAACACCUCAUCAGCAGCCAGACUUAUAAGUUACCCUCAACCUGGAGGUCAAGUCAUCUGUGUCAGCUUCUGGUAUCAUAUGUUUGGUAACAGCAUUGGUGCUUUAACGUUUAUAACAAAGCAUGCCAGUGAACAGCAGACAGUUGUGUGGAUGAGGAAUGGCACCCAAGGAAACACGUGGCGCUUUGCAGAUCUAACCUUCAACAGUGACACACCAACACAGUUUAUUAUAGAAGCUCUACCAGGCAGUGGGCAAGGAAGUAUAUCCAUCGAUGACAUUAUCAUGUCCAACAGUGAGAAUGGUUCUUGCCCUGCUGAAAGGGAGUGCACCUUCCAAGGUUCCCUGUGUGGUCUGCAGCCUCAGCCUACUGCAGACUUCAGCUGGAGUCGGAUCACAGGGACAACCCAACCAGCCAACUCUUCAGGCCCAGCUGCAGAUCACACACUGGGGACAGACCAAGGUUAUUACCUGAGUGCCAAGUUGUGGAGUCACCCUGUGGGGUCCAGAGGCAAGAUGACAACUGCAGUAAUGGAGCCCACCCCUCCUGACGGUGAAUGCCUAAUGUUCUGGUACUACAUGGAGGGAGUAAGAGUUGGGGAAUUCAAUCUUUACCUUCAAACUCCUUCCACCCAUGAAAGUGCUGUCCAGUUGUGGACCAGAAGUGGAGAUCAGGGGAAACAUUGGAGGCAUGGAAGAGCAACACUUCUCAACCUCAAUACUCCAUAUCAGGUGGUUUUUGAGGCAGUGGUAGGUGAAGGGCCAAAGAGAGAUAUUGCCAUUGAUGAUCUCACAGUGCUGAAUGGCGCCUGUCCUCAAUCAGGUUUUUGUGACUUUGAGAUGGAUUUCUGUGGUUGGUUGAACAAUCCUCCAGCAGAUUCUGCAGUGGACUGGGACUGGCUGUCAGGCACCAGUGUCGUCCACUUAAUCCCAAAAAGGGACCAUACAACCAAUUCUCCUUUAGGCCACUUUGCAGCCUUCGUGUCCUCUCAGUCUAACACUGAAGAAAUCGCCCAGCUGGAGAGUGAGUCAAUGGAGGCAGUAGACAGAGCUUGCUUGGAGUUUUGGCACUAUGCUGUGGGAUGGUCAACAGACAGACCUUCUCACAAUGUGCUGACGGUGUUGAUCAAUGAGCCAUCUGGGCUGCGCUCGGUGUGGAAUACAAGCGGAUACAUGAAUGACACAUGGUUCCGAGAGAGGGUGGAUUACAAAGCGCCAGGGCUUCACCAGAUCAUUUUACGAGCUACAAACCCAGACUCAAAAGAAGGAAGUUUUGCUAUGGAUGAUGUGCACAUCAUGAGGGGCGUGGCUUGUGAUGACAUCGUUCUAACCACCACUGCAAACCCUUUCACUUCAACCACCACUGCUCCCGUUUCUUCAAUGGACUGUACAUUUGAGCAAGGUUUGUGUAACUGGCACCAGGAGGUCAGUGACGAUUCAGACUGGAUUUUAAGUCGGGGACUCCAAGCAGACCUACCAUGGGAUGGACCUCAGCAUGAUCAUACUGUUGGAAACAAUCAAGGAUUCUAUUUACAGCUAAAUGGCUCUGGAUCCAAGGAGGGUGACAGAGCAGUCAUCUCUGCUACCUUGCAAUCUGCAUCACAGUCUGUGUUGGAUUCUGGUUUUACAUGUUUGGGCCUUCAGUGUCCACUCUGGAUCUUCUGGUUCAGACUUCUUCCAAGUCCUUCCAGUCCUCCCACUGGACUCGCAGCGGGAGCCAGAAUCCAGAAUGGAUGAAUGCACAAGUAACAAUCAGCAGCAGCGAUGCAAAACGAGUGCUGUUCGCUGGCCGUAGAGACCCAAGCAGCCGUGGAUUUAUCACCAUAGAUGACAUCACAGUGAGG